GCAGCGAUGACUUACGUGGAAAGACAUGCCUCCUUGUGCGCAUGUGUGAACGAAUCGAGUCUAAUGAUGAGCGGGUAAAAGCUUUUAUUGCACAGAUAUUACGAUAUGGUGUCUUCACAUUUUGCAGGACAAUUAUUUUAUUAUUUUUAUUAUUUAUUUUUUUUAAUUAUUAAUAUUUAUAUUAGUGAAUGAAAUGAAUAGAAACACAUUUACUGCUCGGGUUCUGGGGCGCGUGGCUCCUGAGGACGCCUAGUGGAUGGACGUGGACGCAAACAAGAAGGAAGCGCCGUUCGCAGCGGGCGGGCAGUCGCUGAAGACUGUUUGAUGAAAUCACCAGCGUCGUUCGAGCGCAAUGUCGCUGCGUUUGGAUCACGCCAGUGUUCGGUUCGAGUAGAACUGCUUCAAACGCACCCGGCCGUGAAGGAUGCUUGUCGCUGCUCCGACUUUCUAGGACAAGGCGAAACUAAAGCGACAUGAGUGAACUGGUGAUUAACGCAGACCUACGCAAGCCUCCCGUGGCCCCUAAACCAAAGAUGGUUCGUCCACUGGUGCAAGGGCUGUCUCCUGCGAUGCCCCGAAGGGAGGGACUCGCGCUCCCAUCUCCUGGUACCCAGAGGAAGGCCAGACCUGCCGUGGCCCCCAGGCGCUUCCCCCCCAAACCCAGCAGCGACGUGGAGCUCACAUCACCGGCUUCGAAGAGCCUCGACCAAACACCUGUGACAGGGCACCCUCGACCUGCAGGCCCGGCCAAGUCCCAUAAUGGAGUACAGCAAGAAAACAAACGGCCCGACUGGGACUAUGUUAUUCCCAUUUGCCUGUGUAAUCUGGAAAAGUGCAGCUGCAUCACAAACACAUCGGUGCAACGAGACAAAACGGAAAAGGCUUUGAAAACAUUGCACAAGGGCAAAACUGAGGACGGCAGAAAGCCUCAACCCACCGCUCAUGUGGUUAUCAAGGACAAAACGAGUCCGAAUCCACAAACUGUGAGUCUGCAGCCGCCCACUAAUAACAGCCAGCCCAACAACUGGAAGCACAUGAAGGAGAAGCCGGCGCUAGACAAGAACGCAGACACUGAUGCCUCCAGUCCUUCGGUGAACGCUAGUCCGUCCUUUCUCGACAUCAUGUUAACUUAUGAGGAGAAUUUUAAGAAAACACCCAGACAAACACAGGAAGGAGAUCGUCUUGACCCAAGGCUUCUGCGUCUUAUCCCCAAACCCGAACCAGUCCCUAGGAAGCCUGUCUGGAAGGCCAGGGAGGCGGUUCUGGCCCGCCAGGAGAAGGUGGAGGAUGAGAAGGAGUCUGUAUCCCACAAAGGGAGGGGCGUGAGGGUCCGAGAGGGCACGGGCAGCUCGUUCCCGUCUGUCAGCGUUCCUGCUCAUGAAAACAAGCAGCCGGCCCGAAAAGCCGGCGCUCCACCAGCCCCUCCACCCGAGAAGAAACCCCUUCUGUCGGAACCAACCUUUGGCCCUCAGGAUGUGGUGGAGGAAGAUUUGGGCUGGGACAUCGACCUGCAUGAGAUGGAGGUAUCUGUGGAUGGGGAGGACAGAGACCUGGAGCAGGAGGACGGGAAUGACGAGGACGGCAUCUACAGCAACAUCCUAGAAUUCAGCUCUCCCCCCUCUCGGCCGAUGCCCAGCCAGGCUCCUGCCGCCACCGCUGCAGCAGAGGUGGUCCCCAGGGCGGUCAAGGUGCCUCAGAUGCUGCCUCCGAGACAGACCGGCCCAGCGGCAGGGACGCAGAGGAAGGAGUCCUCAGAGGAGCGAGGGGAACACUGUGACAACGACAAAAGACGCGCCCCACGUUCCCAGGAUGGUGUUCUACUCAAGUCUGCAACGCCUUCACCCCCGGAGGAGAAGAAGAGCCGGAAACAGGCGAAGACCGGCGCCACCAAGUCCUCUCGGUCCAGCGUGAGCAAAGCCAAGUCGUUCUCCGGCGCCGACGCCAUGCGCUCGCAGGUGCAGAAGAAGUCCUCCUUCCGGAACCUGCUGGACCUGAAGCUCGCUGUGCAACAGCGGAUAGGAAAAGGGCGCCAGAGGCCAGGCUCCCCGGAAAAGGAUGAUGGUGAUGAUAAGGAGCAUCUGAGGUCUGCAGAAGAUCUCAGGGACAAACGCAAAGCUUCACUCCCGCAGGUGGGAGUAAAACAAAGUGAAGAAGAAGAAAAAGAAGAAGCCAUCUACGAGUCCAUCUCUUCCGAUGAGGACAUUUCCGACUACGCUAAUCUGCUGGUGGCAAAGACAGAGGCGCCGCCUACGGCCUGGGACAGUGACGAGAACCUUUAUGAGAUGCCCGACCCAUAUGUGCCCUUAGAGAAACACACUGAGCAGCACCAGCACCAGCACCAGACCCAGAGCCAUCACAGUGAGGAAGAGCAGCCUGUGGAUGAAGACCCCUCGGAUGAAAUCACCUUCAACAGUUCCGAUGAGGAAUUCAAUGAAGACAGCAGUUCCAUUUCCAGUAAAGGGGAGCCAGAUGGGAAUAUGGUUUGUCAGACACAGAAUGGACAAAAGAAGAGCAAAAUCCACUACAUCGCUACAGAAAUCAUGACCUCAGAGCGCGUGUUUGUUGGUGUCCUCAAGCUGCUUCAUGUUGACUUCCGUGAGGCCGUGCUCAAAGCUUCUACCGAGAGCGGGAAACCUGUGAUUGAAGAGCGGCUCCUCGAUCAGAUCCUGUACUACCUGCCACAACUGUACGAAUUCAACCAAGAACUUCUCAGGGAACUGACGGAGAGACUGGCCAACUGGAAUGAGACAUCCCAGAUAGCAGACAUAUUCCUGAAGAAAGGGCCCUUUCUGAAGAUGUACUCCACAUACAUCCGGGAGUAUGACAAGAAUGCGGCUCUGCUGGAAGAGCAGACAAAGAAGAACCCAGCGUUUGGCGCCGUGGUGCAGGAAUUUGAGGCCAGUCCAUGCUGUUUCAACUUGGCUCUGAGGCAUUACCUCCUGAAACCCAUUCAGCGGAUUCCUCAGUAUCAGUUGCUGCUCACAGACUACCUGAAAAACCUGUCUGAGGACUCGGCUGAUCACAAAGACACACAGGCUGCACUUGCUCUUGUGAAAGAGGUGGCCAAUCACGCCAAUGACAUCAUGAAGCAGGGGGAUGACUUCCAGAGAAUGAUGCGGGUGCAGAGCAGUUUGACUGGCAACCAAGAAAUAGUCAAACCUGGACGAGUACUCCUGAAAGAGGGUUCCCUGAUGAAGCACUCCAGGAAGAACAUGCAGCCCAGGAUGUUCUUCCUGUUUAAUGAUGUUUUGCUGUACACAAUCCCUCUUCCGUCCGGCCAGUACGAGCUCAAAUACACGCUGUCUCUGAAAGGGAUGGAGGUCAGCAAACCCUUACUAGAGGCCUAUCAGAACGAGCUGAACAUUGAGAGUGUUGAGCGCUCCUGCCGUCUGUCUGCAAGUUCAGUCUCAGAGCGAGAUGAAUGGCUUAAAGCCCUUUCUAACGCAAUCACUGACAAAACCAAGAAGAGCAUCAGUUUCGUGACUGGAAAACCUCCAGAGGAGGUAGAACCGACGGAUUCUACUGCUAGUCCUGCUCUGGGAUCGAGAGCUCCCAUAUGGAUUCCUGACCUACGAGUCACCAUGUGCAUGAUCUGCGCCUGUGAGUUCACCAUAGCACGGAGACGACAUCACUGCCGCGCAUGUGGAAAGGUGGUGUGUAAGUCCUGUUCCGCAAAUGAAUAUUGUCUCAAAUACUUAAAGGACAAGUCAGGGCGGGUGUGUGACCAGUGUUUUGAUAUUCUCUCUCAGCAGAAAGAAACUAUACAUCCUGGAAAAAAAUCCAUUUACCAGAAAAAGUCAAAGAAUAUACCUAAAGCUCUAAAGGAGGUGCAGGCGAACACAGACUCCUCCUCCAUGAGUGGAUACCUGCAGAUGUCCGAGGCCGGUAAAAAGCAGGCAAAGAGACUGUGGUUUGUGAUCAAGGACAAAGUCUUAUAUACAUAUGCUGCAAGCGAGAAUGUUGCAGCCUCGAGGAGUCAGCCCUUGCUAGGAUUCACACUGGAAGUAGAGUCACCCGAGAAGUUCACACUGUACCACCAAGGGAAACUUUAUUACAGUUUUAAAGCUGAUGAUGUUGAAACAGCCCAAAGAUGGAUCAACUCAAUCAAAGAAGCUGCAGUGCUUUAAUACCAAGAUUUUUGUUUUUAUGUCAAAAAUGUUUUACCUCAGUGUUCCUAAAGCGUCUGUAAAAAGCAUCUUUAGGAACUAAUAGCUGGAUUGAAACAAAUCCAAAUAUUUUGUCUUUGAUCAGAUUUAUUGAAGAUAUUUGUAUAUAGUUUCAGAGCACCCUGUGGAUGUGUUCAACUCCAUGUUUCCUUCAUGUUAAUUUAAUAUGAACAUUUUAGGACUUAUUUACCUUUUAACCCACAACUUAACAAUCUGUAGCUAUUGUAGACUUUUACAUUUUGAUACCAUCACAUCAUUCUAAAUGAACUGUCCACUAUAGUCUAUUGAUCUCCAUAGCACAGAAUUGUUAAUAAAGGUCUAUUGUUCA